AUGGCCCUGGACGGCGAGCGGGGGGAGCAGGAGGAGGAGAAGAAAAAGAAGAAGAAGAAAAAGAAGAGGAAGAAGAAGAAGAAGGAAGAGGAGGGGGUCGAGAAGCGCAGCUCACCCUUUGUGGCUACUAUGGGGGAGGACAACGCCGCUCUCCGGGCCGGCGGCAGGGGGCUCUCGGACCCAUGGGCAGACUCCGUGGGAGUGCGACCCCGCACCACGGAGCGCCACAUUACGGUGCACAAACGACUUGUUCUCGCCUUCGCCGUGUCCAUCGUGGCGCUGCUCGCAGUCACCAUGCUCGCAGUGUUGCUCAGCUUGAGAUUCGACGAGUGUGGCGCGAACGCAGCACCCGGCGCCGACGGCGGCCCCUUGGGCUAUCCCGCGCGCGGCGGUAACGCUAGCUUCCCGGGACCAGCCCGGCGCAACCACCACGCAGGCGAGGACUCUUCGCAGCCUGAAAUAGGUGGGGAAGCCACCCCCGGUACGCCGUCUGCCCAGCCGCCAUCGGAAGAGGAGCGGGAGCAGUGGCAACCAUGGACACAGCUGCGUCUAUCCGGCCACCUCAAGCCGCUGCACUACAAUCUGAUGCUUACCGCUUUCAUGGAGAACUUCACCUUCUCUGGGGAGGUCAACGUAGAGAUAGCGUGCCUGAACGCCACCCGCUACGUCGUGCUGCACGCCUCCCGGGUGGUGGUCGAAAAGGUACAGGUGGCUGAGGACCGCGCGGCUGGGGCUGUCCCGGUGGCCGGGUUUUUCCUCUACCCACAAACACAGGUCUUGGUGGUGGUGCUGAACCGCACAUUGGACGCGCAGAGGAAUUACAACCUGAAGAUCAUCUACAACGCCCUGAUAGAAAACGAGCUCCUGGGUUUCUUCCGCAGCUCCUACGUGCUCCACGGGGAGAGAAGAUUCCUUGGUGUUACUCAGUUUUCACCUACACAUGCCAGAAAAGCAUUUCCUUGUUUCGAUGAGCCAAUCUACAAAGCUACUUUCAAAAUCAGCAUCAAGCAUCAAGCAACCUAUUUAUCUUUAUCCAAUAUGCCAGUGGAAACUUCUGUAUUUGAGGAAGAUGGAUGGGUUACGGAUCACUUUUCACAGACCCCGCUCAUGUCCACGUAUUAUUUAGCCUGGGCGAUUUGCAACUUCACAUACAGAGAAACUACGACCAAGAGUGGGGUUGUUGUACGAUUGUAUGCAAGACCGGAUGCUAUCAGGCGAGGAUCUGGGGACUAUGCUCUCCAUAUAACAAAGAGGUUAAUCGAAUUUUAUGAAGACUACUUUAAAGUGCCCUAUUCUUUGCCAAAACUAGAUCUUUUAGCUGUGCCGAAGCAUCCGUAUGCUGCUAUGGAGAACUGGGGACUAAGUAUUUUUGUGGAACAAAGACUACUACUGGAUCCCAGUGUUUCAUCUAUUUCUUACUUGCUGGAUGUCACUAUGGUCACUGUUCAUGAGAUAUGUCACCAGUGGUUUGGUGACCUUGUAACUCCUGUGUGGUGGGAAGAUGUGUGGCUGAAGGAAGGUUUUGCUCACUAUUUUGAAUUUGUUGGCACAGACUACCUCUACCCUGGCUGGAAUAUGGAAAAGCAGAGGUUUCUGACAGAUGUUCUGCAUGAAGUGAUGCUGCUUGACGGCUUGGCCAGUUCCCAUCCAGUAUCACAGGAAGUGCUGCAGGCAACAGAUAUUGACAGGGUGUUUGACUGGAUCGCGUAUAAAAAGGGUGCUGCUUUAAUUAGAAUGCUGGCUAAUUUUAUGGGCCAUUCAGUAUUUCAAAGGGGUUUGCAAGAUUAUUUAACCAUUCAUAAGUAUGGCAAUGCAGCUAGAAAUGAUCUGUGGAAUACACUAUCAGAGGCUUUAAAAAGGAAUGGAAAAUAUGUAAAUAUACAAGAAGUAAUGGAUCAGUGGACACUCCAGAUGGGUUAUCCUGUCAUCACAAUCUUGGGAAAUACAACAGCAGAAAAUAGGAUAAUAAUUACCCAGCAACAUUUUAUUUAUGAUAUUGGUGCUAAAACCAAAGCACUUGAACUUCGAAAUCAUAGUUACCUGUGGCAAAUCCCAUUAACCAUUGUGGUGGGAAAUAGAAGCCAUGUAUCUUCAGAAGCAAUUAUUUGGGUGUCUAACAAAUCAGAGCACCACAGGAUCACUUCUUUGGACAAAGGAAACUGGUUGCUGGGGAACAUCAAUCAAACUGGCUACUUUAGGGUCAACUAUGACCUAAGGAAUUGGAGAUUAUUAAUUGAACAAUUAAUAAAGAACCAUGAGGUUCUCUCUGUCAGUAAUCGAGCAGGUUUGAUCGACGAUGCCUUCAGCUUAGCCAGAGCUGGUUAUUUGCCUCAGAAUAUUCCCCUGGAGAUUAUCAGAUACCUAUCUGAGGAAAAGGAUUUUCUUCCUUGGCAUGCUGCUAGCCGGGCUCUUUAUCCUUUGGAUAAAUUACUGGACCGCAUGGAGAACUACAAUGUCUUCAAUGAAUAUAUUUUAAAGCAAGUUGCAACAACAUACAUCAAGCUUGGAUGGCCGAAAAAUAAUUUUAAUGGAUCCCUUGCUCAAGCAUCCUACCAACAUGAAGAGCUACGUAGAGAAGUUAUAAUGCUGGCAUGUAGUUUUGGUAAUAAGCACUGUCACCAACAGGCAUCAACACUUAUAUCCGAUUGGAUCUCCAGCAACAGGAACAGAAUACCACUCAAUGUUAGAGACAUAGUCUACUGUACAGGAGUUUCACUGCUGGAUGAGGAUGUCUGGGAAUUCAUAUGGAUGAAAUUCCACUCCACCACAGCCGUUUCUGAGAAGAAAAUAUUAUUGGAAGCUUUAACUUGUAGCGAUGACAGGAAUUUAUUAAAUAGGCUUCUGAAUCUGUCCUUAAAUUCCGAGGUAGUGCUGGAUCAAGAUGCAAUUGAUGUCAUAAUUCAUGUUGCUCGAAAUCCACAUGGCCGAGACCUUGCCUGGAAGUUUUUCAGAGAUAAAUGGAAGAUACUAAAUACCAGGUAUGGAGAAGCAUUAUUUAUGAAUUCCAAGCUUAUCAGUGGAGUUACAGAGUAUCUUAAUACUGAAGGUGAACUCAAGGAGCUAAAGAACUUCAUGAAGAACUAUGACGGUGUAGCUGCUGCUUCGUUCUCACGAGCUGUGGAAACUGUCGAAGCCAAUGUGCGUUGGAAAAUGCUUUAUCAAGAUGAGCUUUUCCAGUGGCUAGGGAAAGCUUUGAGGCACUAAUAGCGGUCUCGUAAGCAACUCAGCUGGGAAUUUGUGAGAAGACCUGCAUGAUGUGAAAUUAGGAAAACGUGCUCCAUGAAAAUAGGCCAGAAUUUCCAAGUGUUUAAUGUCUGGGAGGAAUUUGUUGUUGUUGUUUUAUAUUGUUUGUUUUUAUUUGGGGGGACAUUUUGUCUCAUUCAUUCUAUUUUGUUUUUUCUACUGGGCAUUCUUUUCUAAAUACAUUCUUGCAAGUGAAACUAGCCAUGAUUGCUUCAGCUAUACAUUCUUUGCUGUACAGGACCAAAUAUGAUAGUGGUGCAUGUUGGUGUUACAGUCAGUAGGGGAAAACAUAUUCGCAAUAUUUUGUGCACGGUUCUAUGGUCCUGCCUGUGUUCCAGCAUGCUUAUUAAAAUGUCCAAUGUUGUAAGUAAAUAUAUCUGUUAUAUCUAGAAUGGGCAUUAUGCAAAAGCACAAAGAUUAUCUAUGACAAUCAGUGUUGCAAUGAAAUAAUUUUUUUUAAAAAAGGGGAAUUAUAUUCUUAGUUCUGGGAAAUAUAAGAAACACAAAAGUCCUUUAACAUAUUAAUGUCACUGGUUUCAGCACUUGGAUUGUCUAACAAUGAUUAUUGUGUUGUUAACUCAUUUUCUUUGAGUUACAGUGUGUAUACAUCUAAAAAGGCAUAUAUAGAUAGUGUAUGAAUAUGUAUAUGUACAUAGGGGACCCCCCAAAUGUUUUAGUAUGUUGUACACUCCACAUGUGCAAAGAACCACAUCAGAUCAAAGAAAAUAUAUCUCUUUUUAUAAACGGAUACAAACUUUGGAAAGGUUCAAAAUAAUUUAUCACAACACUAUCCAUCCUGAAAACUUCCUAAUUAAUUUCUCAACUGUAUAGUUUUUGUCUACUUCCUGAACAAUGGUCUGUUAUACUACAUGAAGAUGAGUUCCAACAAAAUUUAUGUAUAAACU